AAUCCGAACGCGAACUCAUUCACGUGUUGGCCGCUCGUCCCGGCUGCUGAUGGCGCCGCUUUUAACCCCCGUUACCACGGCGACCGCUGUUCCAGGGAAAGUAAACAACCCUGGUUGCUUUGGCGACGACGCGCGUGCUUGCUCGCGUGGUCACCACGUGGCCCCGCCCCCCGCGGCGCACGCGCGCGCGCUGCACCUGGCGGGGCGGGUCCCCGAGUCGUGUCCCCGCCCCCCCCCGCCCCCUCCCGUCGAGCUCACAGGAAGCGGCGCGCGCCACGCACGGGGCGACACGCGGAGGCGCUCGGCAUGGCGGGCUCGCGGCGCCUCUCGGCGCUCUACACGCAGUACCUGCUCGUCACGGCGCUCUACAUGCUCGAGCCCUGGGAGCGCGCCGCCUUCAACCUGCUGCUGGUGAUCAUCAUGGCCAUGGUGCUGUACACCACGUUCAUCUUUAUGCCGCAGCACGUGUCUGCAGCGCUCGGUUACCUGCGCUCUGGGGAGCUGGAGCUGUGAGCGCUGGCGUGCUCGCCGCACGCACGCCUACGGGGGAUGAUGGGAGGAGAGGGCCGUGGGGCCGAAGAGCCGAAGAGGAUGCCCACGUGCCCUCCCCAGCCCACUACCUCAACAACGCAAGCUGACGCACACAACAACUCUUCAUUCACCAUGUAACUUCGACAUCUGGGGAACGAGAGAGUCCUUUUGUACAAAUUUUUUCACAUUGGAGAAAUGGUUCCAUAUGUUAUAUUAAAUCAUGUUUUUGUUUUAAAAACUCUUUGAAACCCUCCCUCUUUGAUGGUGUUUAUUAUUUGUAGGCAAUUUUUUAUUCUUUGGAAGCAGCUCGGCUUCGUACUGUAUUUUCAAUACUGUCAGAAGCUCCCAUGCAUUGCAUUAUAAGCUGCAGGCACUUGUGUAGGCAUGUGCAGCAAGCAUGUGCAGCGAGCAUGUGCAGAAAUCCGCACUGACCAGCAAGCACGCUGUUGGGUGCUCUGCCUCUGCGCCCGUGCUUGUGCACACAGUCCCUUGUGUCCCGCUCUGCUUGUCCAUCGUAACCUCCCCACCCCCCCACGUGUGAUGGUAGAUGUUCGCACCACAUUGGGUUUCUUCAUCUCAUCCCCGCAUUUCUUAAUCAUUUUAACAAUUUGGUGUAUCUGGGAGGCUGCAUGUGCAUCGUUAUAUAUAUUUUAGCGUGCAGCCGGAGCUAAAAUGAGGUGGGUGGAGUGGUGGUGCAGUGCUUAGCACACUGCGCUAUGAGCCUGGCAACCCGAGUUAAAUUCCCUGUCACAACUAGCAUUGGUGAGUGAUUUCCAAACCAGUCCGUGCCUCCCUUCACCAAUCCGCACUGACCAGUGUGAUGAAGUAUGGUCAAACAACCUUCCCAACCAAACACGGCAUAAGGAGACCUUGAAAUCAGUGGAUUUACAAAAUUUGAAAUUAUAUAUUUCCCUCCAAAAAUCUAUCUAGGGAUAAAAUUAGGGGAAGUAAUUAUAUGAUUUUAAAUCUUGCUUUACCAAAAUAAAAUAAUUAUAUUUUAAGCCCUACUUGUAUUGAGGUACCAGACCGAUGUCACCAUAAACUGCCUUAUGUGUUCAGACACGUUAUGAACCAGAAGUGCCAACAAUCCUGACAACGUCACGGUCUAUUGGUGGACAAUCUUUUUCCAGCCAAUGCUACUCACUGAGCGUGCCACCCAUGGCGUAUUGGCAUUGCUCGUGUAGCAUGGACCGUCAUUUCGUACAAACUCCUAAAGGCCCUCUCCUGUCAUCACCACGCUGACAGUCCUUGCAAUGAUAUCAGUCAUUUGAAAUUGUCUUCAUUGCCCCAUUCUGAAAAGGAAUAUAUUUUAGAAAGUCUUUUGUAAGAAAUCGAAGAUAAUGAAGCUUAAUUUAUUAAUAUUCUUUGGGUCUUUCGGGAAAGUCACGUAGAUAGAAAAAUAAUUUCUAAAAAUCACGACGUUUUGGUCCCAACACGCGCAAUCGUAUUUUUCACCUGAUCGAAACGUAAUUUUGAUUAUUUUUCUAUCUACGUGACUUUACCGAAAGACCCAAAGAGUAUGAAUUACUGCAGUUACGAAAGCUUUAAGUGAAGAUUUAAUUUAUUAAGGCAAGCCUGUUUUUAUUCUGUAUUGCAUUUGGUUUGGAAUAUUUGAGAGUGCAUGGUGAAGUUGCAAACAUUUGCUGGUGUCACUUAUGGUUGAGCUAUUUAUGAUGAAUAUUAAUCCAAAGAGAGAAUUACACUGGACACACGUUUAUAACUUAUAAUAGCAGUUUAUUAAAGUGCACUUAUAUUCUGCAGAGAAUAUUUUAUUUUAAGAUGGCCCAUUACACAAUGUUUGAAUACUUUGGUUCGUUUUAUUGAUGCUUUGAAAUAUCUACUGUAUUUUAAACAUCGCAAGUACAGUCUGAUUUAAUGGAUGCAAGUCAUCACGGUGUAUCUUCGCUGCUUAUGCAGUGAUUACAGGUCUCUCACUUUAUGCGGGGUUGGUUUGUGUUUUCGCGUAUCUGCAGCUAAUGUAUUUCUACCUAAAAUUCCCUUCAUGCGGUUUCAAUUCACUCACAUUCGGCUAUUCAGUCGGACGUGGGACAACAUUGUAGGUACUGUACACGCUACUCAGCAGGCAGCUGUCUUGUGCGGUGCACUAUGGGUUGGGUGGCUGCGGUCUAUACUAUGCGAUUUCACUUUGUGCGCUUUUGUUGGAAUGCAUCUACUCCCUCAUAAAGCGAGGGAAUCCUGUAUUCCUUCCCGACUGCCCUGGCAUAUAUUGUUUUGUUUUGCAUUUAAAAUCAUCACCAUGUGCAUCCCUGGUAUAAGCUUGGUAGGUGUGGUUUUUAAAAGAUAACUAUGUGAUGUAGCAAAACCAGAACUGGCUUCCAGGUCUCAAUGACGACGAUACUGCCCUGUUACGCAGUCAUUGAGUUGGCAUUUGAGGUGACACGAAUUGAGUGCAGAUGCCAGCAGGGCAGAGCCGAGCUGGGUGAGUUUGGGGCAGGAUGGCAGGCCUGCUGUGUAAUGCACGCCAGCAGACGUGCAGGGGUCGAAAUUGUACUGUAUAGUCAGAUGUAAAAAGAUAACAGUUUGUUGUGAUCCCAAUAAUUUCCACAGUUUUUAAGAAAUAAAAUUGUACUGAUCCGGA